AUGAAUCUUAAUAUUAAUAUUGUAGUAUUACUUGUUGUAUCUUUCACAUUGUUAACAUGCUUUGUGACUGGUACACUGGCUCAACAACCUGUUGCAUGUCCAGGCUACCAGGUGUCAAACUUACAAACAACAUCAUAUGGAUAUACUGCUGAUUUGGCAAUGAUUACAGCAGGACCUUAUGGUAAUAGUGUAAAGGCAUUGACGUUGUACGUGGUGUUCCACACACAACAGAUCAUACAAGUCAAGAUUGUGGAUGCGGCUAACGAGCGCUGGCAAGUACCUUUUGUCAACCAGAUGGGUGCACUGCCCACCUCCAAGCCCAACCUCAUUGACUACACCAUCCGCUUUGCUCAAACCCAAUUUGGAUUCUCAAUCACACGUGUAUCAACUGGCGAGGUCAUCUUCAACACUUCCCCUCCAUCCAACUGCUCCACCAAUGGUCUCAUUUUCUCAGAGUAUUAUUUAGAGAUAACCAAUCAGUUCCCUCAAUCAAACCCGAAUAUAUAUGGACUUGGCGAGCGUGCUGCACCAUUGCGCUUGCAGAACAACUUCACCUAUACCAUUUGGAACAGGGACCAGGCAACACCACUCAAUCUCAAUGUCUAUGGCUCACAUCCAUUCUACCUCAAUCUAAACCCAAAUGGCGAUGCCCAUGGUGUAUUCUUGCUCAACUCCAAUGCCAUGGACAUUGUGAUGCAGCCCAACUCGCUCACCUACAAGGUCGUUGGAGGCGUGUUUGACUUUUACUUCUUCAUGGGACCAUCGCCAGCAUCGGUUAUUCAACAAUACACACAGGUUAUUGGCACGCCUUAUAUGCCGUCAUACUGGUCGCUAGGCUGGCACCAGUGUCGAUGGGGCUACAAGUCGGUCAACGAGUCUAAGACCGUGGCCGAGAACUACGCCAAGUACGGCAUACCCCUCGAGACCAUGUGGAAUGACAUUGACUACAUGGACGUCUACCAGGACUUUACCUUGGACCCAGUCAACUUUGCCCCCGAGGACAUGACCAGCUAUGUCGGUUGGCUUCACACUCGCAACCAGCACUACAUCAUGAUCAUCGACCCCGGCAUCCACAUGAACGACUCGUACGAGGCCUAUGGCCAGCUUCUCGAGAAUGGCGCCUUCAUACAGCAGCCCAAUGGAGUGGCGGCCAAUGGCGUGGUGUGGCCCGGCUCGACCAUCUUCCCCGACUUCUUCAACCCAAACAUACAGGACUUCUGGUACGUGCAGCUUGAGAAGUUCCACCAGACCGUGCCCUUUGAUGGCGUGUGGAUCGACAUGAACGAGGUGUCCAACUUCUGCUCGGGCAACUGCGCUCCCGUGUCACAGAGCGGCGACCAAGUCGGAUCAUACCCAAACAACCCACCAUACCUGCCUGGCGGCUUGCCCCUCGACACCAAGACGCUGGACAUGUCGUCCAUUCAGUUUGGCAACGUAUCAUAUUAUAACUCUCACAAUCUCUAUGGUUACACUGAGGGCGUGGUCACGGCCAACUCGGUGAUUAGCCUGCUGAAUCAGCGCCCCACAGUCAUCUCGCGAUCAACGUUCCCAGGCACUGGAAAGCAUCAUGCUCACUGGCUAGGCGACAAUCAAAGCACGUACGCAUCGAUGGCACUCUCAAUCCCAGGCAUUCUCAAUAUGAACAUGUUUGGCAUCGGCUUGGUCGGCGCGGACAUUUGCGGUCUGCAGGGUGAUACGACCGCACAGCUGUGCGCACGCUGGAUCCAGCUCGGUAACUUCUAUCCAUUCUCGCGUAGUCACAACAACAACGACACCAUCCCCCAGGAGCCCUAUGUAUUUGGACCAGAGGUGAUCAACAUUACCAUCAACUCCAUCAACAACAAGUACACACUGCUGCCAUACUACUACACACUGUUCUACUUGGCACAUGCUCAGGGCGACACUAUCGUCCGCCCUUUGUUCUUUGAGUAUCCAGCCGACCCCAACACAUUUGCCUUGGACUCGCAGUUCUUGGUGGGACCAUCACUGAUGGUGUCGCCCGUGCUGACCGAGAAUGCCACAUCGGUCGACGUCUACUUCCCCCAAGACAUCUGGUACGACUACUUUAACGGUUCACGCGUGGACCUGUCACAAGGCAACUCCCUCACCCUCGCCGCACCAUUGGACGUCAUCAAUGUGCAUCUGCGCGGUGGUGCCAUCCUCCCAACCCAGCCCACAGCCGACUAUCAAGUGCCAGACGGAGGCAUUCCUAUCACAACAAACAUCUCUCGCACACUGCCAUUCACACUGAUCGUGGCGCUGAAUGCCAACGGCAGUGCGAGUGGCGAGCUCUACCUGGACGACGGCAUCACCCUCGAGACGUACGAGAACAAGAAGUACUCACUAUUACAGUUCAAUGCCGGUACUGAUGGGUCAUCAACCGUGACCAUCCAGUUGACUGUCGUCAACACUGGCUUUGACAUGUCAUCACUCAUCGUGGACAAGGUGGUAGUCUAUGGUGUGCCAAUCAUUGUUACAACCGUCAAUGUCAAUGGAACACCCUAUACCACGCUCACAUACUCCUCAACGCUCCAGACGCUGACCAUUGAAUCCCUGGCACUUCCACUCACAUCAUCAUUCACCAUUCAAUACUCAAAU